UUGCCUGCUGGCAGCCAGGGCACCACAGAAGGAUUGCACUGCGACCACGGAAAUGAGACUCAUACAAAACCGAAACUGAGCUCCAGGGCUCCAGCGAGCCCUUUUGGGGCUGAACCGGCACCAGGAGCUCCCGGAGUCCCCAAGCAGCCACUAGCCUGGCUUGGGGGCGGGAGUGAGGAGUCCCAGCGAGGGGUUCUGCACCCUCCUAGUCCCCAGCCAACACCAAGCUCAGGCUUAUUUGCAUUUAAAGAGAAAGGUAGAGAGGAAAACAGUGGGCGGGUCAAGGCACGCCUUCCCACAUUGGCCAUUGGGCCACACGCCUGCCAAUCAGGGCGCGGACGCCCCACCCUGUGGCUGUGGUGUUGGGGGGAAGGGGGGCAUGGAGAGCUGCCCUGAGUCUGGGGAAGGGGAGCCAGUGCAGGAGGUGACUGGAGCCACAGCGGCGGCAGAAGCAGCGGUGGCUGCUCUCUCAGCCACGGCAGCCGAGGAUACAGCCUGGGCCAGGGCAGCGCAGCAGACAAUAACCGGCUUGGAAAACGAACCGGGCUGGCUCUUCCAGGCCCAACUAUGAUGCUUCCUGACUGAUGAUGUUAUAAUAGUGCCCAGAAGCCAGAAGGCUGCAUUUUCAGCUGAACAUACCUGAGUUGUCCCCAUCACCAUGGAGACCCGAAAAGAUGAAGCUACUCAGGCCAAGGGAGCAGCAGCCUCUGUGGAUACCCAGAACCAAGGGUCAGAGAAAGGAGCCAAGAACAAGGCAGCUGAGACAACAGAAGGGCCAGGGUUAGAGCCACCCUCAUCUGGCCCAGGUAGGCUGAAGAAAACUGCCAUGAAACUCUUUGGUGGCAAGAAGGGCAUCUGUACCCUGCCUAGUUUCUUUGGAGGGGGACGAAGCAAAGGUUCUGGGAAAAGCAGCUCCAAGAAGGGUAUUAGCAAGAGCAGGACCCAUGAUGGCUUGAGUGAAGCAGCCCGUAGCCAAGAAGACAUUGUCAGCGAAGGAACUGGCCUCUCCUUACCUUUGCCUGAGUCACCCUGCCAACUUCCCAGUUCUCAGAGUGCCCAUGGGGCUUUGGAGACAGGUUCCAAAUGCAAGAUGUCUGUGGCUGGAGCCAUAGAGAAAGCUGGGGUUGAGAAGGUUUCCUCUGUGACCAAGCCAAAGAAAGGCCUGAAAGGUUUUUUCAGCAGUAUUCGCCGUCACCGGAAGAAUAAGGUCUCUGGUGCUGAGCAAAGUGAGCCAGGAGCCAAGGGACCUGAGGAGGCCAGAGCCAGGCCUCAUGAGAACGUGAGCUCAGCCCUUCUGUCCCAUGCUGAGGAAACCCUUCAAGACCCAAGAAAGGAAAAUUCCAAACCCCAAGAUGCCCCUGGACCAAAAGUUUAUUCAGCAUCAGAGCUUUCUCCAGCAGCCACUGAGAAGACAACCUGUAAAAAUACAGAGCAACCCAUGGGGGUCUGUACCUCAGAACUCUUGGAGUCCAAGCCUGCCCCUGAAGUAAGUGUCCCAGAAGAGCCUCAGAGCUCAGAAACAGGGGAGAAGGUGCUGGUAGGGGAUAUAAAUCUACUCAAUGGCCCUGUUGGGGACCAACUGAGCCUCUUCUUUGGAGAUGUCACAUCCCUUAAAAGUUUUGACUCACUGACAGGUUGUGGUGACAUCAUAGCAGAGCAGGACAUGGAUAGUAUGACAGACAGCAUGGCCUCUGGAGGCCAGAGGGCCAACCGAGAUGGGACCAAGCGAAGUUCUUGCCUGGUUACCUAUCAAGGAGGUGGGGAGGAGAUGGCCUUGCCAGAUGAUGAUGAUGAGGAAGAAGAGGAGGAAGAGGAUGUUGAAUUAGAGGAGGAGGAAGAAGAAGUCAAAGCGGAAGAUGAUGACUUAGAAUAUCUGUGGGCAAGUGCUCAGAUGUACCCAAGACCCAAUAUGAAUCUGGGCUACCAUCCCACCAUUUCACCAGGCCACCAGGGCUACAUGCUGUUUGACCCAGUUCGGUCUUAUCCUUGCCUAGCUCCUGGAGACCUUUUGACUCCUCAGAGUGACCAGCAAGAAUCUGCCCCCAAUAGUGAUGAGGGAUAUUAUGAUUCAACCACACCUGGAUUUGAGGAUGACUCAGGGGAGGCUCUGGGGCUUAUCCGCAGGGAUUGCCUGCCCCGAGACAGCUACAGUGGAGAUGCCCUCUAUGAAUUCUAUGAGCCAGAUGAUAGUCUUGAGAACUCCCCACCUGGGGAUGACUGCCUUUAUGACCUCCAUGGUCGCAGCUCUGAGAUAUUUGACCCCUUCUUGAACAUUGAGCCCUUUUCUUCCUCUCGGCCACCUGGGACAAUGGAGACAGAAGAAGAACGGCUAGUGACCAUACAGAAGCAGUUGUUGUAUUGGGAACUUCGGCGGGAGCAGCUCGAAGCCCAAGAGGCCCGGGAGGCACACACCAGGGAGGCCUAUACCCAAGAAACUCAUGCAAGGGAGGCUCAUGCCCGAGAAGCCCAUACCCAGGAAGCUCAUGUGAGAGUGGCCCGAGCCCGAGAGUCCUAUGCCAGGGAGGCUUGUGCCCGAGAGGCCUGUGCUAGGGAGGCCCAGGCCCGAAAGGCUCGUGAUCGAGAGGCCCAAGUCAGACAGCUCCAGGUACGGCAAGAGAAGCCCAUUAUGGAGUAUCAGAUGAGACCUUUAGGCCCAUCAGUGAUGGGCCUGGUGGUAGGGGCAUCAGGGGCUUCUCAGACUUCACACCGAGGAACCACUUCAGCUUUCCCUACCACUGCAAGCAGCGAGCCAGACUGGAGGGACUUCCGUCCUCUGGAGAAGCGUUUUGAGGGAACCUGCUCCAAGAAAGAUCAAAGUACCUGCCUGAUGCAGCUCUUCCAGAGUGAUGCUAUGUUUGAGCCAGACAUGCAAGAAGCAAAUUUUGGAGGAUCUCCCAGGAGGGCCUACCCUACUUAUUCACCCCCUGAAGAGCCAGAGGAAGAGGAGGUUGAGAAGGAAGGGAAUGCCACCGUGAGUUUCUCACAAGCCCUUGUGGAGUUCACCAGCAAUGGGAACCUCUUUUCCAGCAUGUCCUGUAGCUCUGAUUCUGACUCAUCCUUUACUCAAAACCUCCCUGAACUGCCCCCCAUGGUGACCUUUGACAUUGCUGAUGUAGAACGGGACGGGGAAGGCAAAUGUGAAGAGAAUCCUGAAUUACACAAUGAUGAGGACCUUGCAGCCUCUUUGGAAGCUUUUGAACUGGGCUACUACCAGAAACAUGCCUUUAACAACUACCGCAGCCGAUUCUACCAAGGUCUGCCCUGGGGUGUGAGUAGUCUCCCUAGAUACUUGGGACUUCCUGGCAUGCACCCACGACCCCCACCUGCUGCCAUGGCCCUCAACAGGAGGAGUCGCUCCCUUGAUACUGCAGAGACCCUGGAGCAAGAACUAUCCAAUUCCCACCUUGCCCAGGGCUACAUGGACCCCGAUGAGCUUCAGGCUCAACAGGAAGAUUCAGAUGAAGAAGACGAGGAAGAAUGGGGCAGAGACAGUCCCUUGUCCCUCUAUACUGAACCUCCCGGGGCCUAUGACUGGCCUGCCUGGGCUCCCUGUCCUCUCCCAGUGGAGACGGCCCCUGCCUGGAUAAGUACCAGCCAGUUGGAUGGGCCUUCUAGCCAGUCUCCAUAUAGGCAGGCAGCCUGUUGCAUACCUCCUGUGGCUAUGUCAGUAUUGCUGUCAGUAUCAGGGCCAGAGUCAAGGGCAACCGGGGAAUCUGGGCCUCAACUAGCUCGGCCUUCGCACCUACCCCUUCCCAUGGGCCCUUGUUAUAAGCUCCAGCCACAGGCCUCCCAAAGUGUAAGGGCCAGGCCUCGAGAUAAGCUUCUGUCUGCUGAUGAGCCCAGUUACUCCUCCAGUUCUGGAGGCUUCAGUUCCAGCCCUCUACCCCAGGUCAAGCCUGUGGGCAUUACCCAUGGCAUCCCUCAGCUGCCCAGGAUCCAGCCUGAACCUCUGCAUCCUCAGCCCAUUCACUAUGGGGCUCCCAGCCUUGAUCUGUCAAAGGAGAAAGCUGAGCAUUGUGCCUCUCCACCAGAAUGGAAACCUAGCUGAGCAGUCAUCAUCAAUUCUGGAGUGGGCGCAUGGGGCCUGAGCAUGGGAAUGGGGAUCAGGGAUUGGGCAGAGGGGUUUGAGGGUGGGGGUUGAAAAUCCUUUUGGCCAAGAAAAGCUCCUAUGAGUUUUCACCUUCAUUUUCCCACUUCCCUCUUCUGCCAUCUGUGGCCACAUUCAGCUCAGUAUAUCUGCCCCAGGAGGGUGCUGCUGCUGUACUCCGAUUUUUGCUUUCAGGGUUUCUUCUUGUGACCCAUGUAAGGUUUGGGAUGCUGUAAUUUUGUGCCUAUUCCAGUUGCCAAGUUAGUGAAUUUAUAUAUAGCAUGCAUCCUUGACAGAGGCUGAACCCUUAGUGCCCCCAGCCACCCCACUACCCAGUGAAUGAUGAACAACCAGGUUUGCACUGCCUUCUAUGUGGGGACAGGGGGCUUGUUUGCUGUUAGCAAUGUGAAAUUAUGGUACAGACCCUCCCCACCCCCACUCCAUCCUGUCUUGGCAUAGCUGCCACUAUUAUAUCAAAUGACUAUAAUCUAUUUGUCCCAGCUAGCUGUCCUUAGAAAGGAUCAUGUAGCAUAUAUUUCACUGCUUACUGCUGUGGACUUUGGCAUCAUAACCAAAUGGGGGCCUUUAAACCUGGCCUGCCAUAGCUUGGGAUGAAGAAAAGAAUGCUAAUCCCCUUAAUGGAGUGAUCAAAUUAAUCCAGUUGCAAACAGAAGACAAAAUAGGGCUUCUAUUAUAGACACUGCUGUAAGUUUUGAGCUCUGGAAUGAUAGGAUUUUUUUCUUUUUCCUCUCUUAAGCUUGUGACUUCCAAAGUUGCAGGUGCUUUUAAAUUUUGGUUCUUUUUUUUUCCUCCAAAGGAAAUUUUCAUAAUUUCAUCACAAAGAAUACAUUCUUUUAAUUGAGAUAUGAGAAGAGAAGCAGCCUAAAUUAGGCUUGGCUAUAGGAGUUAGGGUUUUUGCAGGUUCCAGGGGGAGGAUAGGAAAUGGAGGUCCAUUUGUCCCAGCCAGUGGGAAAGAGGAUUUCAGAUUUUGCAGAGCUCGAGGCAACCCAGCUUCUUAGAAGGGAAAAUUGCUUCCCCCACAAAACACAAAAAGUUCCGUCUGCCUUGCCCACCCAUUCAUUUAUAUGCUGUAAAGAGGCUCCAGACAACACUCUCAAGAGAGGAUAACAAAGACAUCUAGGCUGUUGUUCUGGACUCAAGAAUUUUCAUUUUCCAAUUAUCUAAGUCCUUAGCAUCAUCAAAGGACCAGGCUUCUUGAUAGGAAAGACUGAUCUGCCCUCACUCUGCCAAGCUUCAGGAUGCUCAUUUACAUGGCAGUUGCAGCCUUUUAUGGAAUGAAUGACACCCUCUUUUCUCCUGCAUCCACAUAAUUCUAAUGUUAAACUAGCUUAGAAAUACUGGUGGGGAAAAGUCGCUGCCAGGAAGACAUUGCAGCAGGCUAAUCUUACCAGGCUCAGCCUCUCAAUCACCAGUAUGAGAGGGUUCCUUUUAGAUUUCUUUAUUGGAAAUAGCAUAUGGAGCAUAUUUUGUCUGGAUGUGUUGACCCAAAUUAUGAUCCUUGCUCCUCCCAUGGCCACUCCUGUUCUUGCACUUACCCCUACCCAUUUCCUUGCCUGUUAAGUGAAGAUGUCAACAGGGCUCCUGAGAUGGUAAUUUGGCUUGGGAAUAGAUGCCAUUGCCUUCCCCCCUCCAGUCACAAAGGUGACUUUGUGCACAAAUUGCUCCUUUGCCAGGAGAUAUGUUUGUACUGGUCUUUGUCACCAUUUCUCAGAUUGGGGUUGGUCCAGUGCCCCUCCCCCCAAAUCAGGCUUGGCUGGUAGUAGCUGUACUCCUAGAAGCAUCACAUAAGUUUGCAUGGCACUAAACACUACCACUCAAGGGACCCAGACCAGCUCUCUAGGCUGACUUUGCAUCAUGAAGAAAUGUAUCAGUUAUGGAGCUGGAGAGUGAAAUAGGGUGAGGAAGGCCUUCCUCACACCAAGCACAGCAUUCCAGCAGAGAAGUGCCCAAAUUCCAACCUGUCCUUUCACCAAAGUUUCCCUAGGAAGAUGGGGCUGAAAUUGACCUGACUGUUUGGCAGGAAGUAAACACUCACCAAAUGCCUUUACAAUAGGGGAAAACCCACCACUUGCCUCCUCUGUCUCUGCUUGUGCUUUAGGGCAGCUCAAGCUCUUGACUGAAUGUGGACUGUGGCAGCCACAGCAGGUAAUAGAGCCAUCACCAGCCUCCAGAACUCAAUGGGCCACCAGCCUAUCUGGGAAGAGAAAAAUUAGGUGCUCAGCAUUUAGCCAGGGGCUGAGAGCUGCCCUCAGUGACAAGAGGGCAGCAAGAGGUGCUGCCUCUGAUGGGAGCAAUCAUAGCCCAGGCAUACUUUUCUGGGCUUUGGAAGUUUGCAUACCACAGAGUGGGGUCUAGGACUGAGUAGCAGCUUAUGGUUUGGACAUUGCUGCCUGCAAGUUUUUUCACUGUCCUGGCCAGCCCAGGGAUAGAAUCCUCACUACCAGAAGUGGGGCAGUUAGAGGUCAUGGCUGCAGAAGCAGACUCCUCAAGAAUCUCAUUCUGGGUCUAAGUAGUUCCUGGCCAAAUCCCAGCUGCAGGUUGAAGAGGAAGAAAGACCUGCCUAGGGACAUGUGAUGGCAGUGCAGGGUGACACUGGGAGAGCCAGCCAAACUCCAGGCCUCUUCCCAAGUGCUUGUUGGCUGACACCAAAUAUGCCCUGAAUAUAGGUGUCAAUGUCAAGUCCAUACUUAGGUUGUGACCAGACAAACACCAUGUCUGCAUUGCAAGGUCUUGGGAUACUGCUUUUGGAUGAGACUUCAAAGGAAGAUAUGACUUGAGUGGAGGUGGCUGCCCUCAUCUCUCUACCCAGCAGGAUUAUUUAGUGCCAGACAGCUCUGAUCAUGAUAAUUCCCAAAAGAGACUGGUCCAUUGGGGACCAGUGACUGGAUAGACAAGGCCACCUAGGAGGCCUCUCCAGGGCCGUCAGUUUCUCAGUGCUUUAACACUUUGAGGAAGCCCUGCCUUAGUGCCCAGAUAGGGUCUGCUCUGCCCAACCAGUUCAUGAGUCUCAUGGGCCAAAGGCUUUGGUCAACACUAGUCUCCCUCCUCUGUGCUAUACCAAGGAGGAAGGUAGCUUCUCACAUGCAGGGUAUGUUUUCCCAUAUCCUGCUUCCAGCGACUUACCCACCCUUGCCAAUGCCACCACCCAACCUGCCCUCGGCCAGACCCAAUUGCUAGAGGGAGGCAUGGGGGGAUUAGCAGGGAGACUUCAAGUUUACCCAUGUCUAUGU